AAUGUCUGAAGACUUAGAAGAUUUCGUAUCUACCCACGAGGCGUUUGAAAAUUACAAAAUACGUGAUGGUGUGAAAAAUCUCCAAAUCAAGCUUGGAUCAAUCAGCAUGGUUGGCCGGCUUAUUAUGCAGUUAUGGAUGGAUUUGCGACCAAUAGUCUUCAAAAUAGGCGCAGAGAUGAGAAUUCUCGUUGUAUCUUUCACUUCACAACCGUCACCGAACUCUACUGUACGCGACAAUAUUUAUAAUAUUUUUCCCAACGCUUUCUUCAUUUCUCCUCCCCUCCAAGCUCAACACUCCACUGCUCAACUAAAUCCGAUUGGAACUGCAUGGAUAUUAACAAAAGUGGGAGUACGCAAAAGUGAUUUUGGGGUAGAUAAUAGGUUCUUUUACUUUUGA